AUGCUGUCGUCUUCCGUCUCUUUCUUGAAUAUUUCUAACUGUCACUCUCUCUUGAGAAUUGAAAUCUUUUUUUUUUUUUUCCAGGGGCGCAUGCAUGUUCUCUUUUCAAUUGUAUUUCAUAUUUCUGUUUUCAUAAAAUCCUCACGACUGUCUUCAUCGGUUUGUUAUCUUGCUUCGUAUUAUCCGCUUAAUUCUCAUUUGAUUUCUUUCUUUCUUUUUCUUUCUUUCUUUCUUUCUUUCUUUCUUUUUCUUUCUUUCUUUCUUUCUUUAUUUAUUUCUUUUUCUUUCUUCCCCUCGUUUAUUAUUUCAUCAUCACCAUCAUCAUCAUCACCAUCAUCAUCACCACCAUCAUCAUCAGCAGCAGCAGCUUCAUCACCACCAUCAUCAUCAUCUAUCUAUCUAUCCUAUGACCACAAAUCUGGAUUUCAUCCAUUUUCAUUUACUGAAUCCUACCAAAGCAAAUACACAAGUCUUCCCUUCUACAACGCCGCCUCCAUAAUCCAAUAUUUUGCCGCCAUCGAAAAUCAAGUCAUUUUUCCUCGUGAAACGAAACUCACAGCAGUUUCGUCAGAUUCCUUCAUUUUGAUCAUCAAAUCCCCCCCUUUCUCUUUUAGUCUUCUUUUGUGUCUCAUUCAAUUGUUCCUGUCUUCUGAAAUACCUUUCCAACCCAAUGCCAUGCAAAUUGGAUUCCAAGGAAAUAGCGUUUACAAGACUGACCGUAUUUGUAUGUGGCUUGGUGCGUUACAUUUUUAG